UCACUACAUUGUUUUUCAAGGUGUCUUUACAAUGCUCGGGAAACACGUCUGGAAACGGCAUCUCUAGAUGAACGGGCAUUGACAGCUCUGUCGAUGUGGUGCAUGGAGUUGAAGAGAAUAGAUUUUGAUGACAUUAUUCACGAACAUGAGGUGCCGUCCUCAUCUCGACAUGCUCUCCCUCUACAAACUGAGGACCAGUUUGUCGAUGAAUUCCGUACCGAAGUGCUUGGAGUGCUCGAAGCGGCCCCUCUACCUGUGGGUCCAGCAUUGUUGAAAUUGGCUGAAAGUGUGAUCAAGUGGCAAACCAAGCUGCACAACAGACUGUACUCUCUGCCUAGGCGAUAUCCAAUUCGGUUGUCGAGCAGAUUCCUCGCCGAUUAUAGUAGCGCUAUGGCUUGCAUCGAGAUUCCGUCUUCAUUUAACGCGAACAUGACAAAGCAAUACCAAUACGUAACGUUGAUAGCAAGAUUCAAUCCUUACGUGGAAGUCGUUGUCAAAGGCGGUCGUGUCAUGAAGAAAUUGCAGAUCAUGGCAGUGAAUGGGAAAACGUGUGUUUACUAUCUGCAGCGUUCUGUGUUCGAGGAGAAAACAAAUCGUUGUCAGCAGUACUUGCAGAUAGUGAAAACAUUGCUUGUUAAGGAAAGGGAAACCGCACGUCGUCAUCUCUCCAUUUUCACACCUACACAACUUGUCGUCUCGUCUAAUGCUUUGUUAAUGGAUUGUGGAGGCGCAUAUCCAAUGAGUCUCGUCGCGAAGAAGCCGUAUAUAUUCGAUGUGAUUCGACCCCUUGACGUCUUUGCGCAGUAUGGAAUGACCUUCGGAAUGAGACCUGACGAUGCAAUUACGAUGUUUUAUGAUCGACUGGUCACUCCAGAAGGAUCUCCUCAAACAGUGAUGCUUGACACGUACAGAAGCUUCAUAAUUGACAAUUUUGUUGGUCCAUCUAUACUGAAGAAUUACGUGCUGGAACGUUUCACGGAUGCAACUUAUUACUAUUUGUUCCGCAAACGACUGGAGAUGCCUUAUACUUUAUCUUCACUGGUUCUCGGGAUGUAUCCAUCCGUACCAUCAAGAACUGCCUCAGCUUGGCUGCCUCCCCGAUAUAAAGUUUUACCAUUUGGUGAAGAUUCUCAACGCAUUGUUCCGUUCCGGCUAACACCGAAUUUCCAGGGUGAUUUCUUGUGGGCUGCUGCGGCAACUAUACGAUGUCUUUUCCGGCGGGAUCAACAUUUGCUACUUCGGCCGUUAAUUCUGGAUGAAAUAGUAACAAAUGGUAAUCAUGAUCAGGCAAGCGCUUGCGUCGAGGCGAGUAAAUUCAUCUCAAAAGUGACUGCUGAAACAACUAGGAUGGCCACACAGGAAGCAUAUUUACUGCAAGAGGAGAUACAGUUAGCAAUAGAGAGCGCUCGCAAUGAAGAGAAUCUUUCCCAAAUGGAUCCCCGAUGGCAUCCGUGGUUUUAA